AUGAUGUUGUUUGAAUGGGUGCUAUAGAUUUUGCUGGGUGUGAUGAGUAGGCCUACACCAGCCUUAUCUUUGGCAUACUCUAUUUUAUACUGUACACUCACCGUGGAUGGAAGGCUGUGCCUAAAAGAAGAAUUAUUGUAGUAGUUGGUGAACUCUCAAAAGUCAAUAGUUAGCAUGACAGCCAAUAUUCUGAAGAUGUCUCGGACGACUCAUAAAGACCAAUCUGUCCUGCACUCGCAAACAAACGGUAUCCCUUUGCAACAACACAAUAACAACAGCACAAAUGCUGUCCUCAAAAAUGGACCAUUACUUCAGAGGCAAGAGAGCCUUGAAAAUGGGAACUAUGACAUCAACUGUGGAACCAUUUCAAAAGAAUCCAACGCUGCAACGGAAAAACGACGAGAAGAUUAUAGAUCGCAUGGAUCAAGUGGAAUUGGAAGUGGGUCUGCAGAAACAUAUUAUGAUGAAUCCCUUCUGGGUAGUAGUAUGGAGAGUGGUUAUUCUGGAGCCAGGCGACGGUCUUCAACCUAUUCUGACAAUAAGAUCCAAGAAGUAAUUACAGAGGAAGGCAGAGAAACGGCGAAAACACAAGAGAAUCAUAAAGAAACAAUUCUGAGACAAUGCAUGAAGAGGAGUAGCGAAGAUAUGUGUAAUUCCUUUGAAACGCACCGUGAAAAGAUUUUUAAAAGUGAUAUUGAGCAGAUUCGGCAGAAGUUGAAUGAAUCUAUUCAAAUCAUGCUAAGUAUGGAUGUAAUUACCAGCGAGUGUUUGAGCCGUUAUAGAAUCGCCGCUCAGCAACUACAUGCAUUGGGCUCAAAUGAGUACAAAAAUGUGACCCAAGAUCUUAUUGAAAUGGAAACUAGCGAGGAAAGAAAUGAAUCAGUUGAUGUAUACGAUUGUAAUAAAAGUAAAAAGGUUUCCAGGUUAGUGAGUGCUGAUUCUGCUGAUGUGUCAGUCUCCCCUCCGGAAAUUAAAAAGGAAGAAAAUCAUCCAUCAGCAUCAUCAUCAAAAUCCUUUGAACUUCCAGAAGAAGAAUUUGCAGAGAUACAGCAAUCACACAAGCCCCCUGAAUUUGAUCUGCUGUCUGAAAAUACAUAUGCAAGCAAUGUUGAAUCACCGCUAUCUCCCAGCAUACAGCGAGAAGAGUCAAUAGAAUUACCGUCGGAUUGCCUUGAUUGCCUUGAUACUCCUACGACUGGCCGACAUGGGCUAGCUACUCUUGAUAUCCCCAAGCCAUGUAUACAGCGAGAAGCUCUGCAAUUGAGUAGUCAGUGCCAAGACCAAAGCUGCUGUCAACCGCAAUGUCGUAAGGUGCAUGAAAUUUUGACAUAUCUGAAAAAAUGUUCAAAAAGUAAACAGCCAUGCUUAGAUUGUCGAGAUGUUGUCGAUUGCCUCUAUCACCAUAGCAACCUUUGUGAAGAAUUGAAAUCUCAAGCUUAUCUUUUGAGCAUUGUUGUGCUAAACUCUACACCCUUUUUGAGAAGAAAGUUCUUAUAAUGACUUUAUUGGAGUUUGGAUGGUUGCGCAAGAAUCAGGAAUAUGAUUGGAUGGCUGAUGAUUUCAAGGAAUUCUGGACAAGAAAGGAUACGAGUAAGCUAUACUUAGUGAAUGAAUUCCUGCAGGAUUACAGCGGUUAUGGAAUGUUCAACACAGUUCAGAUGUGUAUUGCUAAUUCCGUGGGUGCUCCAAAGCAUGCAUAUGCCAUCAAGAAUUGUAGCAUAGCUCAAGAAAACCGCCAAGAGAUCCUAGAUAUCAUGUCAAAGAUCACUGAUAAGCGUUUCCCUCAAAUUGCUAAGCACCUUUGGUGUAGGGUCGUCGGCAAUUCAGCUUACAUAUGCACAAGACUUGUUAAAGGUGGCUCACUGAAAAGACUGAUAAACUCAACUUCUCAGCAAGAUUUGGAAACACUUGAGCAAAACAGGUUGAGCUUCCUUGACCAAGCUUGUAUGGUGGCAGUGCAUCUUCGAAAGCUUAAGAUCAUUUUACUUGACUGGUCCAGUGACCAUAUUAGCCUUGAUGACACCAGACAGCAGUUGGUUUUUCAUGAUUUUAGUAGCGCUGUAGUUCUUGAUGCUACAAAGCGAUACACAGCACAGAAUAAAAAACAACUUAAGCCUCACCUCACACCCAUCGAAGUAUGUAGAAAACAGCAAAGGACCUCUCAGUCAGAUGUUUGGGGAAUCAGUACCUUACUUUAUGAAAUGUCCUAUAAAAAAACAGUGUUUUACCACAUGUCGCAUGAACAUCCUGAAGUAAUUAGAAACAAGAUUGGCUGUGGAUAUAAACCAGACCUGACCUGGUGUCACAACCUGCAGUUGAUGUCUUUCCUGACUAAGUGCUGGACAGAGGACCCUAAUUCUCGAUUGUUUAUGCAUGAUGCACGUAGGCAUUGUAUUUUUUUCCUUGGGAAGGACAUGAACAUGAAGAUGAAACCGUGUAAUUACAGUGCAUUACGACCAAAACCUGUACAUGCUCAAUAGAUCUUUAUUUUACUAUUUAAUAUCUUGGCACUCUUUUUAAUAUUUGCCAAGAGCCAUUUUGUGUGUAUAAUUAUAUAUAUAUUUAUAUACCUCAUACAUAAAUUCUAGGCAUCUGAUUGGUUAAGAGGCAGGCAAUAGAAAGUCCUAUUCCCCUCAAAAAGUAAUUUUCUCCUGAACAAUAAUACUUUUUUGCCCUGUUGCAUGUGGAGAUUCUAGGCCCACUUAACAUCACGCUGACAGUAAAAGGGACUGUGACCUCUACGACGAAAGACCUUGGCCCUUGACUGUCCCACGAUCAGCGAGUAGAUGAUAAACAAAUAUGGAGGCUAGAUCUAGUCGGUUCGAGCUCCUGGAUGAAGAAGAACUAGCCUAAGCCUAGCAUUACUUCUUGAUGGAGCCGAUAGCAAAAGCACCAAAAGACAAAUUAGAUAUGUGUUGUUAAUAUUCAACAAAUAUUGCAGGACGAUGGGUGCUGUUGAAAUUGAGGAAAUGAGCAAAGAAGAGCUAGACACACUCUUUGAUUGCCUAGACUAGUGUGUAGGCCUCUAGUCGGCUAGUCUAGGAAGUGCAUAGUUCUUUAGACCUCAUAGAAUCAAUGUGUGAGGUAUAUAAAACAAAUAUUGACUGCUCUGGAUUCGGGGAACAGUCGGCCCUCGGGACGAUAGGCUGUGGUCUCCACAUCACCUCGGGGCAAUACAGUAGAUUUCACCGUUCUCCUCAUGAGCAGUCAAUAUUUGUA